AUGGGCAAGCAGGAGUUCAACGAAAAGGACGAGGGGGGUCUGCAGUCCGUGUCUUCGUUCCGUGCCGGAGUGGCGGGCGGCGUGCUUGAGGACUACGCAGACCCGGAUGUCCAGAAUGAGGCCGAGAAUACUCACAAGGGAGAGUUUGGCACGAAGCGUGAUCUUAAACCUCGCCAAGUGUCCAUGAUUGCCGUUGCCGGUACUAUUGGUACCGGCCUCUUUCUAGGAUCUGGUGCUGCUUUGGUGAAUGGUGGCCCUGUGGGUUUCUUCCUUGGAUAUGCAAUUGUUGGAUGCCUGGUGGGCAUGAUGAUGUACUGCCUAGGAGAGAUGACCGUCUUCGCGCCAAACAUUGGCGGCUUCAUCGAAAUGGGCAACAAGUACAUCGCUCCCGAAGCAGGAUUCGCCAUGGGCAUCAACUACAUCCUCCAGACCGGCCUGGCCAUCCCAUCAGAGAUCACCGCCGCGGCCGUCAUGAUCAGCUACUGGGAUGACGCCUCAUCUCACGUCUCAGCCUACAUCGCGGCCUUUCUGGUCCUCAGCAUCGGCAUCAACCUCCUCGGCGUCAAGUACUUUGGCGAGGUCGAGUUCGUGUUUGCUUGCAUCAAGGUGCUGAUGCUUGUUGCCCUCAUUCUGUUCGGAUUGAUUGCCGAUGUCGGCGGUAUCAAUGGCGUGUACACCGGUGGCCGCUAUUGGAGGGAGGAGCCGUUCAACGACACGUUUGCAAGCUUGUCGCCAGUAUCGCUCGCUCGCUUCCUUGGAUUCUGGAAGGUCCUCACGCAAGCUGCCUUUGCGUUUGGUGGUAUCGAGGGUAUCAGCGUGUUGGCCGGUGAGGCGCACAAUCCCAGGAAGACGAUGAGACGGGCUGUCCGAACCGUCUUUUACCGCAUCGUUGGACUGUACCUCCUUACUGUCUUGAUGAUCUCGCUCAAUGUCAGCCAAAGCUCGAAAGAUCUCAUCGCCGCCGUCUCAAAGGGUGGCUCGACUGCUGCUUCAUCGCCCUUUGUGGUCAUCUGCCAGCAGACUGGUGUCAAGGUCCUCCCCAGCGUGAUUAAUGCUGUGGUCAUGACGUCUGCACUCUCAUCAUGCAAUGAAAACAUCUUUGCUGUGGCCAGAACCUUGCUCGCUCUGUCUCGUCAAAGAUCUAUGCCCAAGUGCUUUCUCAAGACGAGCCGCUUUGGCACGCCCUUUUACGGCGUUGUCGUCUCUUUCUGCUUCGGCCUGCUGGCUUUCCUCUCUGUUUCCAACGGUUCAGCCCAAGCCUUCAUCUGGCUCUCUAACCUGUCGGUUCCGCCUUUAGCCCUGAGCAGCUUGAUCGCUUGGAUCUCCAUCUGCAUCUGCUUCGUCAGGUUCCAUCGUGCCCUCCAGAUCCAGAACAUUGACAGAAAGAACCUCGAUCUCCGGGGAUGGUUCCAGCCAUACAUGGCGUGGGUCUGCAUCUUUGCAUUUACCAUCAUUCUAUUCUUCAAUGGCUUCCAGGCCUUUAUCCACACAUUCUCAGUGUCGAGCUUUUUUGCGUCCUAUGUGACGCUGCCGGUGGUUGCCCUGUCUAUAUUUGGCUUUCGUUUCUACCUGUGGCGGACUGGAAAGCCGUAUGGCUUCACGGAUCUGGCUGAGGUGAAUCUCGGCAAUGGGCCGGCCAAGGCUCUUCGUGGUACCAAGUAUGAUCUUGGGUCUUAG